CGGGACCGGCACUUGCUUCGAAUCUGCGCCAUGGCAGGUUCAAUGGCCUCGGCGAUCUCGGCCAUGUCGGCGAUGCACGCGAUGGGUGGCUCCAUGGGGCCUAUGGGUCUUUGCUCUGUGCACGGCAAGAACAGAAGUCUGGAAGCACUGACUGACGAUGGCUAUGGCGGCAUGAUGUGCACGCAAGAAAAGCAGUGCAAAGUGGCUGGAGCAGGAACGAAGCACAUCCCUUGCACGUUUUGGCAGGUUGGCAAGUGCACCAAAGGAGACAGCUGUAAUUUCGCGCAUGUACCUGACAACGGCCCGAUGGACGGUGGAAAAGGGGGCUUUGAUGGCGGAAAGGGCAAGGGCUGGGGCGGUGCUGGUGAUGGUUGUUUUCCAAUGGAGAAGGGCAUGGACAAAGGAGGAUGCAAAGGAGCGAUGAUGGCUUGGAUGCAGAAGGGCAUGAUGGCCAUGAUGUCCAAGGGCAUGGACAAGGGCAUGGACAAGGGCAUGGGCAAGGGCAUGGGGAAGGGCAAAGGCAAGGGCUACUCUCAACCCAUCGGAGGUACCGUCCUGUGUUCCGUGCACAACAAGCAGAGAAGUGCCAAUGCCGUCAUGGAUGCAGGGAACGGCACCUACCAGUGCAGGCCAGAUUCUGAAUGCAAAGGCGGCAACAAAGUGAAGGCCGCCAUGUGCUCGUUCUUCCUGGAAGGAAGAUGUACGAAAGGAGAAAGCUGCAGCUUCGCGCACAGCCAAGAAGAGAUCGGUCAGCCUGUUUCGGAUGGUGGGCCUCGCUUUGUGCCGUACUAAGACCGUGACCAUGGUGGAUGUGGACGGCCAUGGCGAUGCCUGCGUUUCAGAUGCUUUUAACCAUUGGUUGUUUCAGAUAGAUAUUUUUUUGCGCAACAGCGCGAUUCCUG